CGUCUCUGGCAAUCCAGUGCGCUCUACUUCUCUUUUCAAUCAAAUGGAUACUUACGGAUGCGGUAGACGACCGAUGGAUCAUCACCGUCCAGACCCUAAAUUACCCGAUUACGUUCAAACAGUCGUCGUUAAAGACUCGAAAGGAUUGGAAAAGAUUUUACUGUUGCCCAAAGCGCUGGAUUUGGAUCGGCCCAAACGGAGCCGGACGGCCUUCGCUAAAUGGCAACUGGACGCCCUGGAAACGACGUUCGGCUCUCAUCCUUACCUGGUCGGGGAGCAAAGGACUUUAUUGGCCCGUCGUCUCGGCCUCUCUGAAACCCAAAUCAAAGUGUGGUAUCAAAACAGGCGGACCAAACAGCGGAAAGAAGGACAUCCGACUGCAGGCGGAUCUGACGACCCGCAAACGAAUAAAAAUGCAUCAAAGGAAGAACCAAAUCAAUCGCAUCCGCAAUUAUCGUCUGCGAUUCAAGAAGCGAGUUCCGGAUCGUCUCCGGAAACGCCAUGGCAACGACAUCCAGCCACGAUGAGUGCGGAUUUCUUCGGCCAGGCUUUCCAGCACUACCAUCCAGCCAUGUAUCAACAAUUAAUGCAAUCCUAUUCAUCGCACGGGGCCAACGCGUUAGCCAAUAGCGGUGCAAUAACACAGGCCGCAAGUCACUCAACUGGCGCCACUGUCCCAUCGGCCGCAAUGUCAACCGAUCGAGGCCAUCACCACAUUCAUCGAGUCUACUAA